AUGGGCUGGGUAAACACGUAUCGCCUCCUCUGUUGUCGCAAGCUAAACGUGCGCUUUAAUUGGGUGGCCCUCUAGUCAUUACUAUGGGCGUGGAACCUGUAAAAAGGGGACCUCGCAGCAGUAGACAGUAGUUGCAUUUAUCAGGCUGAUUUAUUUUGUGAUGGGAAACACUGACGACCGAUUAACGUUUCAAGUUAAAUACUGAGGAUAUUUACCCGGACACUAUGGAUAUCAGCAUUAUAACUCUUGAAGAUUCAUCGCCUCUGAAAGUCGUAUGACAGACACUCGUGCAGGUAACCUGCAGAAAGAUCAACGGCACGCGUAUUUCCCACAUCGGAUGAGUCGAGGCCGGGAAGCAAGAUUGAUGUGCACACUGACAUCGUUCCGUUGAUACCUCCAUGCUGAAGAAUUGUCACCGGGCGUGUGCUGCAGAUAUUCGGCCCCCACUCCAUCUUUACGUCAGGAAUAGCCAUGGCAAUCAUCUGGAAACAUCAGUGAUUCAACAAUUAAAUCGCCAUGGAAUCGGGUGCCGAGCCCGAUGGAUUUAAAUACCCAGCUCUUCCCAAUUCACAAUGUGAACUCAACAUAAAUAUGUAUGAGACUAUCAGAGAUGGAAACGUCACUAAUAUGGACACUUCGAAGGUCGUGAGAGGUGGGAGCGACCCGAGUGCAUAUCCUCCAUCGAAUUAUCAGCGAAUCGUGCGCCAAAGAUUUAUCAGGAGAAGUUUGUGGUUCUCAGACUCUGAUGAGCAGGCCUUUGAGGUGCCAGAAUGUGACAACAGGAGUAAAAUCCUCAACAUAAGCCUGCGCACGAUACUUGACAGGACACGGGAGGCUCGGUUGGGGCCACAGGAGGGUUCCAGUCAAGGAGGGAAGAAAGACAGCGCCACGGAGGGCGCCAGCGCUGAUGAGAAGGAGAAAACUGUGGAUAAAUUGAAUGUUACAUCCACCGACGGCAGUAAAAACACUGUCAGAACUGCUAGCGAGGAGGAAGAGGCUGAGAUGAAAGCUGUUUCCACAUCCCCUGGGGGACGGUUUCUCAAGUUCGAUAUCGAGCUCGGGAGAGGGUCCUUCAAGACUGUCUAUAAAGGUCUGGAUACCGACACCUGGGUGGAAGUUGCCUGGUGUGAACUUCAGGACCGUAAGCUGACCAAAGUGGAGCGUCAGCGGUUUAAGGAGGAGGCCGAGAUGCUGAAGGGGCUGCAGCACCCCAACAUCGUCCGCUUCUACGACUUUUGGGAGUCACCCCUCAAAGGGAAGAAGUGCAUUGUCCUGGUGACUGAGCUCAUGACCUCCGGAACACUCAAAACGUAUCUGAAGCGCUUCAAGGUGAUGAAACCCAAGGUCUUAAGGAGCUGGUGUAGACAGAUCCUAAAGGGCCUCCACUUCCUCCACACCCGGGACCCUCCUAUCAUCCACAGGGACCUGAAGUGUGACAACAUCUUCAUCACGGGCCCCACCGGCUCUGUAAAGAUAGGAGACCUGGGGCUGGCCACGCUCAAGAGGGCCUCCUUCGCCAAGAGUGUCAUAGGCACCCCAGAGUUCAUGGCCCCAGAGAUGUAUGAGGAGCACUAUGACGAGGCAGUGGACGUCUAUGCCUUUGGGAUGUGUAUGCUGGAGAUGGCCACCUCAGAGUACCCCUACUCGGAGUGCCAGAAUGCUGCACAGAUCUAUCGCAAAGUCACCAGCGGAGUGAAGCCUGCCAGCUUCAACAAGGUUGUGGAUCCUGAAAUCAAGGAGAUUAUUGGCGAGUGCAUCUGCCAAAAGAAAGAGGAGCGGUACUCUAUAAAGGACCUGCUGAACCAUGCCUUCUUUGCGGAGGACACAGGGGUGCGGGUGGAGCUGGCAGAGGAGGAUGAUGGGGAAAAGGCAGCUAUCGCCCUGAAACUAUGGGUGGAAGACCCCAAGAAGCUGAAGGGGAAGUACAAGGAGAGUGGCGCAAUUGAGUUCACUUUUGAACUGGAGAAAGAGACUCCAGAGGGCGUGGCCCAAGAGAUGGUGGAAUCUGGGUUCUUCCAUGAGAGUGAUGCUAAGAUUGUGGGGAAGUCUAUCCGAGACCGUGUAGCGCUGAUCAAAUGGAGGAGAGAGAGGUCCGUAUUGGCAGGACCCCCAGUGGACAUAGAGGCAGGACUCGGGGCCCAGUCAACCCCGGCCCAGGGGGCCUCUGCUGGGGCUACACAGGCAGUACAGCCCCCUCUGCUGGAGCCAGAGGCAGACCAGCACGCCAGGCUGUGUAACCUUCCAGCCAGCGCCACCUCUGUCACAUCAGACAGUACGUUUGACAGCGGCCUGGGCUCCGCUGUGUACUCUGACUCCCACAGCAGCCAACACAAUGUCCUCUACCAGUCCCUAGUGGAGCCCAUCACCAAGGCAACGCAGCAGCGUCACCGCAGUGGUCUGUAUUUGGCUUCAGCACGCCCCCGCUCCUGUGAAAAGGGCGAGGGGUGGAAAGGAGCCCUAGGGCCAGAGCUCCGAGUGGGGGUAGGAGCAGGGGCAAGGAGAGGGAGUGCCUCUGUCAUUGACACUCUAAGGGGCAACAACGUCACUCUUCAUAUGCUCCUGCAACCUCUGACCUCUGGGCCCUGCAGCCCACAGAGAGCUGCCAGUCCUGCCCCCACAUCACCAGACAACCAAACAGAGAGCAGCCCCUCUGAGUUCUGCUCCGAGGCAGAGGACGGCUUCCCUUCUCCGAGUGCUUUGCCUGCCCCCCUCCUCCUGGCCCUCCCUGACCCCACACACUCUGAGGCCCGGCGUCAUAGUGACUCUUCUGUGGAAUCCCAGACAUUGGAAGCCACCAAUGCGAGCAGGGUUGAAUCUGUAUCAGGUGGGAGGAGGCAUUCGGACUUCAGCACCCUGCUGAGUCUAAACUCUGCCCAUCACCACUACCACCAAGGCGCACCCAGAAAGCACCUCUGCCAGGCCUGCUUCUCUCUGCUGCUGAAGUCACAAGAAGGGUGGCACAAGCAGCAGCACAUCUCCUUUCCACCACACCCCUGUGGGGUAGCGACAACUGCAGGGUCAGGAGGGGUGAAAGGUCAAAUAGGAAGUGACUGCUCUGACCUCUUCUUACUACAACAGAACCUGAUGAACAUCAUCAGCCGUAAAACCACCCUAUCCAACCAGGGCCAACCCUCCCUCCUCCACCUACCUGCAGCCCAGCAGCCUGCCAAGAACUAUGGGGAUGGGAGUCUGAACUUACCCCACAGAGGCAGCUUCAGUGGUGGCCACACUACACCUCCUUUGGCCAGGCCCACACAGGACCGCAGGGCCAGCUACUGCGCUGGGGACCACCGAGCCACCGGGCCCCCGGGAGUGUCCAGUGCUGUGCACACCUUGCUCCAGAACCAUGCGUCUCUCCAGAGCCAGCCUGCCUCCGCCCCGGCCCUGCACACCCACCUGCAAUACCUCCAGCCUGGCCACAGCUACCCCACCGCUCCCCAGGUCAUUCAACAGACACCCACCACAGCCAGCUUCUCAGCUGUAGCUUUGCAACACACCCCAGCUUCAGCAAGUUACUCGGCAUCAAACAUUCCUCUGCAACAGAAUCAUACCGGACAGAGCUACCCAGCUCCACCUCAGCAACAGACCGCAACAGCAGAAAGUUAUACAACUGCAAAUGUACCACUUCAACAGCCUGCAGCAAGCUUUUCAGCGACAACCAUGCCCCCGCAGCAGCCACACACCGCAGCAGCAAGCUACACAGCAGCAACAAUGCCAAUCCAGAGGACACCAACUCCACAGAGUUAUGUUGCUCUGCAACAGCUGACUCAAACUGCAGCGAGCUACGCAGCUCCAACUCUGCAACAAAACCCAACACCAGCAAGCUUCUCAGCAGCAGCAGCCUUGUCUGUCCAACAGACUGUAUUGGCAGCUACCAUAGCAGCAGCAACAAAACCCUCACAACCAGCUGCACAGAACUACUCCGCUCCAGUGGGGCAUCUUCAACAGACUGCACCCACACAGAGUUAUGCAUCUGUAGCCCCAGCUGUGGUCCACACAGUAUCUAUACCCAGUCUCCCUACUUGGACCCCCAGUGUAGCAACACAACCUCUAGCUUCUGUUGUGCCUCCCCCAGUCCAGCCUUGCCCAGCCCCACACAGCCUCUCAGACAAAGCCAUGCCUUCCAUUCUGCAGCUUGGCCAGUCUAGUCCCAUGCAUCACAGACAGCAGACGGUGCAGGUCCCCAUUCAGCAGCAACACAUCCAGCAAAUGGCACAGACCACUGUCCAACAGGAUAGUCCCAUGCAGCACAGCCAACAGACUGUGCAGGUCCCCCUACCCCAACACAGCCAGCCGUUGGUUAAGCCUACUGUCCAACAGGCUCCAGUUGUCCAGCGCUACCAGUCACCUGCCCAUACUGUGCAGCAAGGUUCAACCCUCCAGAGUUACCCCAGUUCUGUACCCCUAAUGGGGCAACAGAACUCUGCUUCACAGAGCUACCCACCCUCAGCCCCACAGGCCUAUCCAUCUGCUCAGGCUCCACAGCAGGCCGCAGACCCACAGACCUACCUAGUGGCACCCAUAGUGCAACAACAGACUGGGACUACUGCACAGCACAUCCAGGCCCAGGUAGCCCCACUAUCCCCAGGCCAGCAGUACCAACUCUAUCUCCACAACCCAGCUUUUCUGAACCAGAAUGUUCCUGGGGGUCAAAGCCUUCCCCAGCACCACCAAUCAUUAUCUAGUCUGCCUGCCCAGGCACUGCCUCCUCAGCAGCCAUUGGCUCAGGCCUCUGACCCUCUGCAGUUGCAGCCACUACAGAUGUCCACUUCUCUUCCACCAACACACCUUUCACAGGUCAAGCAGCAGACCCAGCUUCCAGAUCCAGGCCACCCCUCCCAGCCUACCCAUCCUGCAGUUUUCUCCUCUCCCAUACAUAGUGGGUCGGACAGGGGCACAGUCACUGCCGCAGCCCAGCUUGACCAGAACCUCAGCCAAACCCUGUCUCGGCGUCAGGCACUAGGCCAGAACCAGAGCCAACCCCUGGCUCCAGCGUCACAGCCACCAGGCUCCCAGACAGCAGGACCUGGGCCUGCCAGCACCAGCUUGACACAGCAGAACCAGGCCAGUGCCAGCACAGGGACGACGGUCACCUCGGCACAGCCUCUAACAGAGUCCAAUCCGGAGGAUCCUGGUGCAGAGAUGCAAGCUUCAGGGGCCAGCUACUCCUACGACAGUGUGAACUCCGAUGCCACCUCAGGGAAGGAGAUGAGCGACGGUAAUGAGGGGACACACGGGUCAGGGAAGGGCGAGGGGAAGAUCCGGAAACCCCACCGCCGCUCCACACGCACCCGAUCACGCCAAGAGAAGAUCAACAAGCCCAAACUCAGCAUGCUCAACGUGUGUAAUACAGGGGAUAAGAUGGUGGAGUGUCAGCUGGAGACCCACAACCACAAGAUGGUCACCUUCAAGUUUGACCUGGACGGAGACGCACCUGAGGAGAUUGCCACUUACAUGGUGGAGAAUGACUUCAUCCUGCUCCUGGAGAAGGAGAUGUUUAUAGAGCAGCUGAAGGACAUUGUGGACAAGGCUGAGGAUAUGCUGAGUGAAGACACGGAGGGGGAGAGGAGCUCUGACCACGUGGGCAGUCCUCAACAGAGCCACGGAACAGUCAUACUGGGGGGAGAGGGUUCAAAGACUGCUACACCUAAUUCACCACAGCUUGUUUACCAGCAGAACGUCCUCCACACUGGGAAGCGCUGGUUCAUUAUCUGCCCCGUGGCCGAGACGCCCACGCCAAACAGGGAGAAGACCUCAUCAAAUGCCUCUACAGCCAAGGAGGCUCCUGCUACGUCAUUGUCUAGGUCCAGCUGCAUUACUACUCCUCCUGUUCCUGCCCUGACCACCACAGCCCCUACUCCAGCCCCGUCUGCCCUCCCUGCACCCCAGAGCUCUGCUCAGCCUCAGGACCCCAAUGUUGGCGAGGCCAGAAUGCAGCAGCCCCAGGCCUCUGGAACCAAACCCACCACCAAUACUACGACUGCUGCUGUGGGCCGCCACGAGCCCUGUGUCUCCAUGGUAACAGACAUCCCAUGCUGCCCCAUUGUUCCACCCGUGUCUCUGGAUGUGAAUAGGGUGGGACAUAAAGGGGCGAGCGGCACUUCCUCUUGUCUACCCAAUCAGGGGGCCAGCCUGUCAGGAGACCCACCCCCUCUGGGCUCUCACCAACCUGUGGUCUUGCAGCAGCCCUACGCCACACCCAGCAUGGUGGGUGGAGGAGGUGAAGUCCCAACACCAUCACAGCCCCAGAGUCCAGCCCACCAGGCCUCCCAGCAGCAGGAUGGACCUGGUGGAUCCGGGAGUGGAGGUGGUGGGGGCCUGGGGGAGUCUGAUGGAGAGGGCCCCCCCAGGGUGGAAUUUGUGGACCGCACUAUCAAGACUCUUGAUGAGAAGCUGAGGAACCUGCUGUACCAGGAGUACGCCCCAUCUGCUCCCUCCAGUACCGCCUCAGACCUCCAGGGCUUCAGCACAGAGGGGGUCAGCUCUCCCCUUGUCUCUGACAGCCAGACCAUCACAGAGGGGGGGCUCCCCAGGAAGGGAGAGCUGCUGGUAAAGAUGCACCAUCCUCAGAUACCCGAGCGUACAGAUAGUUUGGAUACCCUGAGUGCCUCUGCAGCCUGUAAAGGUGUGCUGAACACUAACAUGAUGGGCAGUUCCAGUUCCUAUGGUUCCAAGAGCCGUUUUCAGAUCAUCCCCACUCCUCCAGACGUCAUCAUCCGUUGUUUAGAGAAGGCCAGAAGUCGCAGCACCUGCAGCUCCACGGCUCCCUCUAGUGGCUCGGGGGGCUCUCACGCUGCAGCUGAGCGGGGAGGACGGCGAGACCAGGGGUGUAUGGCCGCGGGCAGGUUUUCAGUGAUAACCACCGAAGAGGGGCUGGAAAACACCCCCAAACCUCACUGUAGCCACCGCUACUCAGCCCCCCCAGACUUCUACCAGGACACUCCCACCUCCAGCCCCAAUGCCACCCCCACCCUGCUCCCACGCGCCCACACUGCUGAUGCUGCCACGAACUACUCCUUCCACUUCGACUCUGACUCAGGGGAGGAGGACACCAGUAGUUUAGCCCCUCCCCCUGCCCACCACAAGCCUCCAGCCCACGCACUCUCAGAACACAGCGGAAGUGACCUCAUGAAGAGGGCGGUGGCCUUCCUGCGCCGCACGGGCCGCAGCAGCAGUGUGCAGAGCUCUGAUUCGCCGAGCCGGCGACCCGCGGUAGCGAACGGCCACGCCCUCUCGCCGCCUGGACCCAGCCCCGCAUCGUACAUUAGCAGUGACAACGAUUCUGAGUUUGAGGACGCGGACAUGAGGAAGGAGCUGCAGAGGCUGAGGGAGAAACACAUGAAGGAGAUCUCAGAGCUGCAGGCGUUCCAGAGGAAUGAGAUCGAGCAUCUGUAUAAAGAGGUGGGGAAAGCCCUGCCGCCUGGUGUAGGCCAAAUGCACGCUGCGCCCCCUAGUGGCCGCAGACGUAGGGCCAGCAAACACAAGCUGAAGGCGGGCAAGCUGCUCAACCCCACGGUGCAGCAGCUGAAAAACAACCUGAACACCACCACCGCCGGUGAGAGGAAAGGUGAGAGUGCACCGGGCUUGUCUGGCUCUCCAGCUAAGAGCUCCAUCGUGUCUGACGGCUCUGACUGCUCCAGUGGCAGCAGCAGUAGUACCAGCAGCACUCUGCCCAGCACUGCCCCAGAACCCGUCCAGACCCAGCAGCCCUGUUCUCUCAAGGGCUCCCUCUCCUCUGACAGCAUCUAUGGUGGUGGCAUGGCCACACACGCUGGCCCAGGGCAAGGAUGGACGGUAUACCACCAAACGUCAGAGAGAGUGACCUAUAAAUCUAGUAGCAAACCGCGUGCUAGAUUCCUCAGUGGACCCGUGUCUCUGUCCAUCUGGUCCACACUGAAACGACUAUGUCUAGGCAAAGAGCGCAGUAGUAGGUCUUCUCACGGCGCCAGUGCAACUCAGACAGCAUCCAAUCAGCAACAGCCACCAGCUGUUCCCACCCCUUCGUCAUCUCCUCAACCAAUGGCGGCGCUAGCUCAGGCCCAGACGAACAACAGCAACAACAAGAAGCCAGGCACCUUCACGGACGACCUGCACAAGCUGGUAGAUGAUUGGACGAAGGAGACGCUGGCGGCCAAUCAGCCACGGCCCUCUCUGAACCAGAUCAAACAGCAGAGACGCAGGCAGGACCUGGAGGGCCAAGCCACGCCCAUGGGAGGAGCCAGACAGGAGGUGAGAUGUGCCAUCCUUCCAAACAAGUUCCAGCUGCCUCUGUCCUGUCCGCUGACAGCUGUAGGCCUAGCCAUGCCCACUGACCUGGGCUCCAACCCCUCUGCCAUGCUCCAGCCCGGGUACCUGGUACCAGCAGGUCCUUAUGGAGGGGUUGUGACCGGCCCCUUAUACCCCCAGCAGUGGUCUGGUAUGCCCAGUCCUGUGGGGAUGAUGGGGUCAGCGGAAGGAAUGCCCUACCCCACCAUGGCCAACCCAGGGUUGCAGGCGUACCCCCUUACCCUGCUCAGCCCUGAGAAUGGCCCUAACACCAGGACUACCUAAUGUGACAAAUAGCACCUUCUUGCACCCAGCAAACCCCCACCCCAUCGCACCUGAUGCUCAAAACAGACUUCCCCCAACGUUCCCCUCUAUCCCAGCACCCUCACAUCAGGGCUGUCUAACUAACAGGCCUUUCCUAAUUAUGUGCUGAUAACCUAACUCCACUCUGUCCCCCCUGGUUCUCACUCCAGGGUUACAAUUGUAAUGAAAUCAGUCUAAUCACUUUUAAUGGGGUGACGGGAUGGAAAAUAGAAUAAAGUAGGGCCCACACAUUAUAGAUGCACCAACAAAUGGCUUAUGGGUCGUUCCACCUCAAAAAGCACAAGAAAGAGGAUUUCGACAACCACCAUCUCCGAUUGUGCUCAAAUUGUUUCUGUAGUUAGAAACAUAAGAUUAGCAUUCCUGAAACAAUUUGUUGAAGUAUAAUUUGUUACUGCCACACCCUUUUAUAAAUUUCACUGAUAUUUAGUGUUUAUUAAAUGGAUCACAACAUUUGAUUUGCCACUUUGGGUAGAAAACCAUUGGCUUUAGCUCAAGGGAAUAUGUUACAUAGGAUGAAGAAGCAAUACUCCAAGUCAGACAUAGAGAACUGUUGCUGUAUACUGGGUGGGAUUGGUGUGGGGGUCUGUGGGUGGUGUUUGACCAUUUUUAUUGGAUUCCUUGUGUCUUACUCAAUUGUAGGAAGAAGUUUGACCCAAAACGUAUGUUUGGUACUAUAUGUAUUGAAUAUUAUGUGAAUCUUAUAAAUUAAAAGGGCCAAUUUGGGUACAAUCAUUUAGCUUGAUUUCUCAAAUUUCAACAAUGUUGCAAGAAUGCCAAUCUUAUGUUUCUAACUACAGAAACAAUUUCCGAACAAUCUGAGAUGGUGUCAUGGCUUGCUGAAAUGACAUGGGAUGACUAUUAUGUGUUGAGUACACAAGUGUGUCUGAGUACUGGCCCCUACUUGACUGUACUACUCAACCCCUCCAGUGUUCCUAUAUGCAGGAUAGUCCUGCUCCACUCUGCUCUGAUUAUGUGGGUUGAUGCUUUAUCAAAGAGUAACAUGCAUGUAAAUAACCUGUGAGCUUGUAAAUCUCCAGUGUGCAGGUAGAUGUAGUUUAUACAACACCUGAUGUUUUCCUGUGUGCUUGCGCACAGUAUAAAUGUCCUUUGUGUGUGUGUCAGAGUACCUACUGCUUUGGUCUUGACUAAACUCAGUCAUACAAAUAAUAUUAGCGGUCACCAAUGUGACGUUUUCACCAAAUCCAUCAUAACCAAUAAGCAGUAAUGUUUUCAGAGCUUUUUAUUGUUUACUAACGUUUUGUCAACCUUAAUACACUACAUUAGAAAUUAAAAUACAAGGGUUUAAGAUGACAGGAUACCUGUAUUUAAGGUGAAGUUCUCUGGAGGAGUGCCUUGAACAUAGCUUUUUCUGUGAAAUUAAGCAUGUCCAAAUCACAGAUUUUAUUUCAUGGUGGCUUGAGUGCCACUUCAUUUUUUUAUGCUUUGCAGACACUUUUUUUUGGUUUACAUUUGAAUGCCCUUGUAGCACUGCACUAUUAACACAGUAUAUGCUUUUAUUUAAGGAAUAAAAUCAUGUCUUUAAUCAUUGUUUACUCCACCCUUGUGAAUUUAGAACGCCAUAGACGUGAAAUGGACAGUUGCCUUGCGAGAACAGGCUGUUGAUGUAGCUACAGUUAAUAAGAGAGAACAUACAAUAAAAGUCAAAACCCACUCAUUGGGCAGUGGUUAGUUAGUGUCAUAGGCAUAGAGUUAGAAUUCAUAGAAUUAACAUUCCAAUUCAAGUCAACGUUCCCCAAUGGAUGGAUCAAUUGAAUUCUCAUUCUAUAUUUGUAGGUCUGUUUUUAGAGGGGAGCCAGUAGUGUCCAGCUCAGAAUGUAGCAGAGGCAGGUUUACCGAGCGAGACUUAAAGUGCAAUUUCACCCCUCCACCUAGCUUUUGUAGUGGCCUUGCCACAAGCCUUAUCCAGGAACCUGCAACGGGAGCUAGUUUCUUUUGUUGCCUUUUUAGUUUAACGUAAGUUACAAAUCACAAAGAAAACACUAACUGCAUUUACAACUGCAAAAUAUUUUCUGUUGGGCCAAGAGCAUGGCUCCUAUUAUUAAACACAUGUGAUUUAAUUAGUGGAAUUACCAGUUAUUUACUCGUCUAAAGUAUUGUUUUGUGUUUCUUGAGCGUGAUGUCGGCGCUGCUAGUGUGUCUGGUGGAUCCAUUAAGAAGGAAAGGAGGAGUUAGGGUGUGUAUCUCGUGGUACUUGAUAACACGACACAAGAUGAUACGCAUCCCUCCAGUAAAAAAUACCUUUUUCAGAGGAUAAGUUUUCUCAAUGAGAUGUUCAUGUGAAGCAGUGUUAUUAUAUUGCCUUGUUGACAUUAUUAAAUGAUGUAUCAUUUCCCAGGUGGUUUUUGAUACCCUGGCUUUCUUCUCUUUAUGGUUUUGAGUGUUUUGAUUCCUCUGUUCAGAAUGAAACAUGAUAAAUGCAGAUGGAUACUUGAUUGGGGAGAAUUGCACAUGGCAUGACCUGUGUUCUAACCAUAGCCUGUAUGAAAUGGGUUCCAACCUGUAAAAAUGUAUGCCAUUUAGCAGACGCUUUUAUCCAAACCGACUUAGUCAUGCGUGCAUACAUUUUUACAUAUGGGUGGUCCGGGAAAUCGAACCCACAAUCGUGGCAUUGCAAGCACCAUGCUCUACCAACUGAUCAAUAUGUAUCCCAACAUACCUGUACAUAAUGGGAUUAACCUCCCCCUUAUCCUCCUGACCAUUGAAAGAGCAGCUCAAUUCAAGAGCAGUUCAAACUGUUCAAAUAUUUUCCAUACAGCAAGGUUAUUAUUAUACCGCCAGCUAGAAAUCUCACAACCACCACACCAGUUAAAGGUUGCAGCACUCCAGUCCUGCCAAGCUGUGAAUUGUACAGUUUUCCUGUAAUUAGUAUUUGUACAUUUUCUUUGUCUGUUUUGAGAUUUCACAUCAGUGUUUGUUAUUCCAUCAAUUCGGUUUGAAUUGGGCUUUUAUAGGAUAUUAUGCAGUCUUCUGCUUUGGUGAAAUACUUCUAGUAGUAAGAGAUUUCUGUUCUCUGUUACUCGUUGUAGCUAACAAGUAAUGCUACACCUCCCUGUCUGGUAUGCUUAGUGAGCAGAGAACCUCUGUUGGAAUAUUCACUGGGAGGCAACAUUCAGAUCCAUAGAAAUGGAUUGUAUAGAACCAAUAUGAUUAUCUGAGGAAUAGCGCACUGUGCUUCUUCUGAUCAUUGCAUUUCUAUCAGUUCUGAGCAACAUUGCCUCCUGUUGAAUAUGCACCCCCCGAUGGAAGGCUUGCAAUAAAGCUCUGCGUGGGAUUUGCUUCUGCCUGCUGUGCAUUUCCCACUAUAUUACCUUACCAACCCAGUCAGCCCCACUCUAAUCACAAAGACUGUACGUGUUUAAAGAGAAAUAAACAUUAUUUUGUGCUUGA